AACUUCUAAGUCCUCUCAUAUUAUGGGCCUGUGCUGCUUUCAAAAGCCCAUUACGAAAUUUAAGUCCAUCUUCGUCACAUCCUGAUUCUUCCUUCUCUUUGACCGCUGGAUUUUGUCUCUCAGUCUACUUUAUCGGAUCGGCGCCGGCGAGAUUCAAGAUUCGAUUCGGAGUUAAAAACCCGAGAUUUAUGUCUCUCUUUGAAAUGUGUUUAUAAGUAAAGAAAGAAGAAGAUGAGUGGUGAAGUUGUUAUAGCUGCUAGAGUAUAUCGUGGCCUUCUUAAAGCAGUGUUGAAACAUGUUGGUAAAGAAGAUUACAAGUCUCAUUUCAUUGACUUUGUUAAGCAAGAAUUCCGGAAGAAUGCAAAUUCGGAGAAUAUCAAUCUCGCCCGCAAUUACACUUAUCUUCUCAAUAGCAUUCACUCUCACAAGGAUUUGUUGUUCUCAUACAACAUUGCGGUUGAUAGAACUGAAGAAAUGAAACGAGUGCUUAAUAAAUCUGCAGCUAGUGUAGGGCUUCGUCUUCCUGAAGUUUACGAGACUUGAUCAGGCAAUUCAUUCGGGAUUCUUCAUGUCUAUGGACAGGUCUUGGGUUAAUUUUUGAUUAAAUGAGAUAGUAGAUGGAGCCAGAGAGCUCUUCUGUUCCUUUAAGCUUUUAAGUAUUGACAAUUGUUGUUGUAUUGUACCGCAUUUUUUAGAAAUAUGUGUACCAAGAGCAUAUUCAUGACCUUGAUAUGUUUGAUGGAAACCACCAAAGUGAGAGAAUACAGAAGCAAUUGCAAA